AUGUCAAUGUCAAUGGAGAACAGAACCAUGGUAGAUGAAGAAAUUACAGUGGGCUUUGAUGAUGAGGCGUUGACUAUAAAAAAGCUACUUGCUGGAGGGAAGAAGCAGCUACAAAUGAUAUCAAUUGUCGAGAUGCCUGGACUCGGUAAGACUACUUUAGCCACAAAACUGUACAAUGAUCCUUACAUCACACACUACUUUCAUAUUCGUGCAUGGACCUAUGCUUCUCAAUCACCCAGAAAAACAGAUAUGUUGUUGGACAUUUUAUGUUCUCUUAAUGUCGAUGAAAUUAAAAACAUGACCAAUGAGAAGCUAGGCGAAAAGUUGUACAAGCAAUUAAAAGGCAAGAAAUAUCUCAUUGUCAUUGAUGAUUUAUGGGAUAUUGGUGCCUGGGUCGAUCUUAAAAUGUAUUUCCCGAAUGACAACAAUGGAAGUAGAGUUAUGUUCACUAGUCGCCUCAAAGAGUUGUCUAUGCAUGCCUCAUCUGAUUGCCAUCCUCGUUGUCUGCGUUUUCUCACUGAAGAAGAGAGUUGGGAGUUUUUACAACUGAAGGUGUUUCAAAAUGAAAGUUGCCCUCCAGAACUGAUUGAAAUUGGGAAGCAAAUAAUGAAAAAAUGUGAAGGGCUUCCGCUUGCAAUUGUUGUAAUAGCAGGACUCCUUGCAAAGAACAUCAAGACACAAGAGUCGUGGAAACAAGUUGCCCAAAGUGUAAGAUCAUACAUUGUUAGUGAUCCAAACCAGUACUUGGACACACUAGCACUGAGUUACAAUCACUUGCCUCGUCACCUGAAACCAUGCUUCCUCUAUUUAGGAGCAUUUCCAGAUGACACAGAAAUCCCGGUGCAGAAGUUGAUUUGGUUAUGGAUAGCUAUGGGGUUUAUACAAAAAAUUGGGCAGAAAAGCUUGGAGGAAGUAGCAGAGGAUUACUUAAUGGAUCUAAUUAAGAGAAGUCUGGUAAUUGUUGCUCAAAAAAGGUUUGAUGGUCGAAUUAAAGCAUGUCGUAUGCAUGAUUUGUUGCGUGAUUUAUGCUUGAAGAAAGCCAGCGAAAUUAAUUUCCUGCAGUGGAUUCACAAUUAUAAAGCUCCUUCUUCAAGUAAUUACGAAACAAAUAACCAGCGCCGCCUGUGCAUACUUUCUUACUUCGCACAGUCUUAUGCCCCAACAGUUCUUCAACCAUUAUUGUGCUUCGGAUAUGAGUUUGAGAAAAUAAUUGGUUACAACGACAAUUCGUUUGAUGAUGUGUGCUCGUUUAUUUGUUGGACCUUCAAACUUCUUAGAGUGUUGGAAAUAUGCCAUAACAAUGCCUACUUUCCAAGAGAAUUAACACAACUUGUUAAUUUGAGGUAUUUGGCAAUUAAUUUGAAAGAUUCCUGGGAAUUACCGCCAUCAAUAUCCAAUCUCUCAAACCUAGAGACACUUCUUAUUAUUUCACCAUGGGGUGAGGUUAUUCUGCCAUGUAAUGUUUGGAAUAUUACAAAAUUGAGGCAUCUUUAUGCUAAAAGAGGUGCAAAAUAUGAUGCGUCUUUAUGUUCUGAAGAAGCAGUAACAGAUCACAACCAUUUCUCUAUAUUAGAAAACCUACGAACCAUCGCUAACUUAAACUGUUAUGGAUUUAUUCAGGAUUUAUUAGCAAGAACUCCUUUUCUUACAGAGCUGGGAAUUUGUGGACGACUCUUUUCAGAUUCGGGGAAUUGGAUGUUUCUUAACCUAGAAUUUUUAAGAUACGUUGAGACUUUGAAGCUAUGCAGCAAUUUUUUCCCCAGAUACCCAACUACUCUCAGAGGGGUCAAGUUUCCUGCAAAUAUUAGAAGGCUAACCUUGAAAUAUACAGGGAUAGAGUGGGAGGAGAUAUCAGUCCUUGGGAUGAUGUUACCCAACCUUGAGCUUCUCAAAUUAGAAAGGCAUGUUGCCUGGGGACAGCAAUGGGCAACAACUGAUGGUGGGUUUCCUCGACUCAAAUUCUUGAAACUGAAGGAGCUCAAUGUUGAGCGAUGGAUCACAUGCUCUGGUCACUUUCCAAGCCUUCAACACUUAUCGUUGGAAUGGUGUCAACAUCUCAAGGAAAUACCAUCUAGUUUGGGGGAUAUACUCACUCUGCAGAUGAUUGAGGUAAACUAUUGUGGCUUCACUGUUGUGGAAUCUGUCAGGAAAAUGAAGCAAGAGCAAGAGAGCAUUGGAAAUAAUUGGCUCAAAGUGCUGAUUAGGGGAAAACGGUGGGCCCUCUGA